CUCAGCUGUCCCCAGUGCAGCCAUGUCCCAGCGCGUGUGUGUGAGUGACUUCGAGGAGCAAGCCCGAAAAGUGCUCCCCAAAACAGUGUACGAUUACUACCGCUCUGGUGCCGAUGAGCAACGCACUCUGCACGACAAUGUGGAGGCCUUCAACAGGUGGUGUUUGCUCCCUCGUGUCCUCCGGGACGUGUCCUCAGUGGACAUGUCCCUGAGUGUCCUGGGACAGAGGCUGAGCAUGCCUGUGUGUGUGGCCUCCACAGCUAUGCAGAGGAUGGCCCAUGCUGACGGGGAGGUAGCCACAGCCAGAGCGUGCAGGGCAGUGGGCACAGCCAUGAUGCUGAGCUCCUGGGCCACCUCCACCAUAGAGGAGGUGUCUGAGGCAGGAGGGGGUCCCGGGGGGGUCCUGUGGAUGCAGCUUUACAUCUACAAAGACCGGGAGCUCAGCCUGUCUCUGGUGCGGCGUGCUGAGCAGGCCGGUUAUCAGGCCAUCUUCCUCACCGUCGACACUCCUUACCUGGGCCGGAGGUGGGACGACAUGCGGAACCGCUUCAAACUGCCCAGCCACCUCAGCAUGUCCAACUUCUUGGCCCCCUCCCUGUCCUUCUCCGAGGGCAGUUACGGAGCAGACAGUGGCCUGGCCGUCUACGUGUCCAAAGCCAUCGACCCCUCUCUGAGCUGGGAGGACGUCCUGUGGCUUAAGAGGAACACACACUUGCCCGUUAUCCUCAAGGGGGUCCUCAGUGAGGAGGAUGCGCGUAAGGCUGUGGACUGUGGAGUGGACGGGAUCCUGGUGUCCAACCACGGAGCGCGCCAGCUGGACGGGGUGCCUGCUACGCUGGAUGUCUUGUCUGAGGUGGUACGUGCCGUGGGGGGCCGAUGCGACAUCUUCCUGGAUGGAGGGAUCCGGAGGGGCACGGACAUCCUAAAGGCACUCGCUCUGGGGGCCAAAGCCGUGUUCGUGGGCCGCCCGGUGCUCUGGGGCCUGGCCUGUGGGGGGGAGGAGGGCGUCACCGAGCUCUUGAACCUUCUGAAAGAGGAGCUGCGAUUGGCUAUGGCCCUGGCAGGCUGCCGCUCGCUCUCGGAGGUGAGCAGGGCUCUGGUCCGACGUCGUGAAGACUUUUCACGCUUGUGAGAGACCAAAGUUUCGACGCUAGCUUAAUUUGGUCAGGACUAUUCUAUUUAAAAGUCCUAUAGGACAGGGGUGUUCACACUCUGCAGCAAUAGAGUCAUCAGUCAACGAGUACAAGACGCAAUCAAACCUGAAAUCUUUUUUGCUUAGGAAACAUGUUAAUCCUGAAGUGAAGUGUUGUUAUUAAAUAUAACUUUCAUUUUUAUCAAACUUGUGUAAUGUGUAUCAUUUGUCAAAAAAAAUGUAAAAAGAUAUUUCCUAAUUCUAGUUUAUUAGAUUUUUACCAUCGCAAAUAAUAUAUAAAAUCAACUAAAUAAUUGUUUACAUUAUAACAGUAAGAUAGACACAUAGACAUUCUGGACACAGAUCUUUAUUCUUCAGGCUAUA